CAGAUUCUGAAAGCUUCAUUGCACAGUGUCACAUCCCUCCAUCAAGCUUCCAGUGGUGGUGGCGCACAUACAAACUCGAUGAAAUGGAGUGUUUGGCAAGUCACACCAGGUUCCAUCACAUGGGCUGCAGCAAUAUUCUUACUGUCUCCUGACACUAAAUUUUUGAGCAUCGGCAUCGGCAAGAGGUCGACUAUUUGCUAUAAGGAUCUAUUUUUCAACUACAAGAAAGUUCUAGUGGCAAAGUGGAAGACGAAGCACAUCGUACAGAUUGUAACUAAUAUUAACCACUACAUCUUCAAAGCUGCAUGA